CUUUAAAAAUAAUGGACCGUGAAGAAAAGAAGGCUCACUCACCUAUUAUAGUUGGUCACAGAGGAGGACUGUUGGAUUACGAGAACACAAUGGCUUGCUUCAAGCUUGCAAUAGAAACAAACAUCCCUUGAAUCGAAUUUGACGUCUACCUUACCAAGGAUAAUGUCCCUAUAAUUAUCCAUGGUAGUGAAGAGCACGAGAUCGAGUUCGAAAAUGAGGAGGCAUGCAUUACUGGAGAUAUGAAAGUGGCUGAUCUUACUUAUGAACAGAUACAAUCUAUUAAGUUGCCUAAUGGUGAAGGCAUCCCUACUUUUGAAGAGCUGCUAAAGCUCUGCAAAGACAAAAUUAGGUUAAAUGUGGAGUUAAAGGAUCCAAACUUAGCCCUUUGCCCGGUAGUUGACGAGAUGCUCAAGAAAUAUGAAUUUAACCCAAAAGAAGUCAUCAUCAGCAGCUUCAAUCAUGACUCUUGCAGGAGGAUGAGAGAAAUCAACCCUGAAUAUGAGUUCGGUUUCUUGUAUGAACAUUAUGAUAAGAUGGAUCCUGAUUAUUAUCUUACAAAUGGUGGGACUUGAAUCGUCUCUUACAACCUCCUCACUGAAGAGUUAGUUGAAAACUGUAGAGAGAAGGAUAUGCCAGUGGCCAUCUACUUCCCUUCUAUUCAGAAAGAGGACUCUAAGUACUAUAAAUCACUAUCUGAUUUCGGUGUUCGCUACUGUAUUAGUGAUAUGCCCCUGGAAGCCAUCGAAUACUACCAAAAAUCCUCCACAGACAAGGAUGAAUAA